GUUGAACCAGUAAGAGGUCUGAACCAUUAAGUGCUGAACCAGUAAGAGGUCUGAACCAUUAAGAGCUAGUAUAUUGCUUAACUAUUCAGAGGCAAAUGUCUGAUCAAUUCAGAUAAGAGGUCUUAACCAUUCAGACUCUGUAUAAUACUUAACCAUUCAGAGACAAAUCUCUUAACCAUUCAGACAUUUGAACCAUUAAGAGGCUGAAACAAACAGCCCCGAAGUGUUUUUGAGAACGGAGGGAGUAUAAAUUACAUUAUUCAAAACCACAUCAAAAGUUCUACGAAACAAGAUCAUCCAAAAGUGGCGUUUAACCACAAGAAAAUAACCUAAUCUCUCUCUUUCUCUCUACCAAAUUAAUGUAAUAAAAAAAGAAACUAUUUUCCUCAAAAAAAAAACGAAAACAAUUUUUUGACCAUUCAUUAAUCCAAGAACGAGGUAAUCCACACGGCGGCCGGCGGAACUCAUGCACGGUCAAGCAUGCAGAAAUGAAUGUUCUCUAAAGAACUCCCGACGGCGUCACCGGAGAGAGUGAUCGGAAAAAUCAAAUUCCGGCCGAUCGGAUCGGAACUCGAGAGAUCAGAGGACCGGAUAAAUGGCGGACAUAGUGUUGUCGCAGGGGAACCGGUCGGAGGAGACGAUAGUAUGCUACGCGCCGACGAUGAUCACGACGCACGGGAUAUGGCAGGGCGACAACCCGCUGGAUUACUCCCUCCCCCUCUUCAUCCUUCAAUUGACUCUCGUCGUCGUCACCACUCGCCUCCUCGUCUUCUUCCUCAAACCCUUUCGUCAACCUCGCGUCAUUGCCGAGAUUCUCGGUGGCAUAAUAUUGGGUCCAUCAGUGCUAGGGAGAAGUGCGACAUUUGCCUUCACAGUUUUCCCUCUAAGGAGUGUGAUGGUUCUUGAGACAAUGGCAAACUUAGGGCUUCUCUACUUCCUCUUCCUCGUCGGCUUGGAGAUGGACCUAAGCGUGAUCCGGCGCACGGGGAAGAAGGCGUUGGCCAUAGCGAUAUCGGGCAUGGUCUUGCCCUUCCUCAUCGGGGUUUCGUUCUCCUACACGUUGCACCGCAGGUCCCAGACCAUGAAACAAGAGACGUUCAUCCUCUUCCUCGGCGUCGCCCUCUCCAUCACCGCCUUCCCCGUCCUCGCGAGGAUUCUCGCGGAGUUGAAGCUCCUCAACACGGAGAUAGGGAAGAUCGCAAUGUCCGCGGCGCUCAUCAACGACGUCUGCGCGUGGAUAUUGCUGGCCUUCGCGAUCGCCUUCGCUGAGAACGAGACCAUGACGAUAUCCUCACUCUGGGUGCUGCUAUCGAGCAUCGCCUUCGUUUGCUUUUGUGUUUACGUUGUAAGACCGUUUGUAGAGUGGGUGGUCAGGCAAACCCCAGAGGGCGAACCGGUCAGCGAUUUCUACAUUUGUCUUAUACUGACCGGGGUUAUGAUCUCUGGGUUCAUAACUGACGCGAUUGGGACGCAUUCCGUGUUUGGAGCGUUCGUGUUCGGUUUGGUCAUCCCGAACGGAUCGCUCGGUGUCACGCUCAUCGAGAGGUUAGAGGAUUUCAUUUCCGGGCUUCUUCUGCCGCUAUUCUUCGCGAGUAGCGGUCUGAAGACAGAGAUUGGGUCAAUAAAAGGCCUCGGGACGUGGUCUAUUUUGGCUCUCGUGAUCGUCCUCGCUUGUGUGGGAAAAGUGGCGGGAACCCUUCUUGUCGCGCUAUACUAUAAAAUGCCCUUCAAUGAAGGGCUCACCCUUGGUUUGCUCAUGAAUGCUAAGGGUCUUAUUGAGAUGAUCGUUCUAAACGUUGGUAAAGACCAAAAGGUGUUAGAUACAGAGUCAUUUGCGAUAAUGAUAGUGGUGGCGGUGUUAAUGACUGCGAUAAUAAGUCCGGUGGUGACGACGAUCUACAAGCCGGCGAGAAAAUACGUACCCUACAAGCGGAGGACCGUGCAGAAGGUAAAGUCCGACAGCGAAUUCCGAGUCCUAGUCUGCAUCCACACGCCGAGAAACGUCCCAACGAUCAUCAACCUUCUAGAAGCUUCCCACCCGACAAAGAAAUCCCCCAUCUGCGUCUACGUCUGCCACCUCGUCGAGCUCACGGGGCGGGCCUCCGCCAUGCUCAUCGUCCACUACACCCGGAAAUCGGGCCGGCCCGCCCUGAACCGGACCCAGGCCCAGUCUGACCACAUCGUAAACGCGUUCGAGAACUUCGAACAACACGCCGGCUGCGUCUCCGUCCAACCGCUCACCGUGAUCUCGCCGUACUCGACGAUGCACGAGGAUAUCUGUAGCUUCGCCGAGGAUAAGCGCGUGGCGAUCGUCAUCAUCCCGUUUCAUAAGCAGCAAACGGUCGACGGCGGGAUGGAGUCCACCAAUCCGGCGUUCCGUACCGUCAACCAGAACCUUCUCGCUAACGCCCCAUGCUCCAUUGGCAUCCUCGUUGACCGUGGUUUAAAUGGGUCCACUAGGUUACCCUCUAACCAGGUUGCACACAACAUUUUGGUUUUAUUUUUUGGUGGACCGGACGACCGGGAAGCGUUAGCUUACGGGAUGCGAAUGAGUGAUCACCCGGGCAUUACCCUUACCGUGAUGCGGUUUCUCCCCGGGGAGGCGGCCGUUGACCCGCCGGAGAACUCCAGCCGGAAUACGAAUAACGGCUCCACCGGCGGGGUAUUAACGGUGGUGACGGAUUCCGACCGGGAGAAGCAGCUCGACGAGGAGAUUAUGAACCAGUUCCGGACGAGGGCGGCGAGCGACGACAUGGCAGCGUACACGGAGGUCGUGGUGAACCACGGGGAGGAGACGGUGGCGGCGAUACGGGCGAUAGACGAGAUGCACGACUUGUUCAUAGUAGGGAGAGGGCAGGGGAGCAUCUCGCCGCUGACCGCUGGGUUGACCGACUGGAGCGAGUGCCCGGAGCUCGGGGCCAUCGGAGAUUUACUGGCGUCGUCGGACUUCGCCUCCACCGUGUCGGUUCUGGUGGUCCAGCAGUACGUGGGGAUUGGGUAUGAAGGUGACCCGCUAGCGACGCCUCCCGGUAGCCCGACGGCGCAGGGGAAUGAACACUCUAAUUUCGCCGGCGGUAGUUACAUGAAUAGACGGACACCGCCGGGCGCCGGAAGAGGGCACCAAACGUUGUUCCACUCCCAGCCCUAGAGAAUGAUUUUUUGUUUGAAUUGAAUAUAGACCAAGUACACCAUUUAUUUUUCUCUUUUAAGAAUAUUUUGUACGAGUAGUUUGUAACUUUGUAUGCUUAAUUUGAACUGAAAUUCUAUUUUGAUUCUUUUUUAAAUUAAUUAUAGUCUAUUUUUGUAGCUCUCUACUCAAUCUAAUUCAAUAAUUUUAACCUCCCAAGAAGUGAGGCUCAAACAUUUUGAAUGUGGAGUAACACUGAUUAAGAAUAACACUGUGUUUGGUUACUAAUUUGGAUUAGAAAAAUUUACACUAAAUAAAACUAAAGCAUAAGUCAAUUG